CUAACUAGUUGUUUGACAACUGAAAGUAGAUAGACAAUCCUGUUAGUUCAACAUUCAAAUGGUAAAAUGAAUGUAAUUUUUGCUCUCUCGUGGUUAAUUGACCUAUCUAGAGAGUCUACUGUACCACAUACCCAAACUAAUUGUCCCACAUGCAGCUUGAAAUUAUGCAGCAGUAUAUCCGGGACGUCGCUAUAUCUUACGAUGCAUCGUCUAAAGUCGUGUUUGAUCGUCGGUUUUCACUGGUCAGUUGUCUGCCGAUCUUCUGAAGUUUUCAACAGCAUAAGGAGACUGUUACGAUCUCCUCACGUCUGCCGUUGGUUUCAUCAAUCGAGUAGAAGAGGAAUAUUACCCGGAGAAUAUGAAAUGACUGAUCCUGAAAAUGAAGAUGACGUCGUCAACCUUACAUUUGUUGAUCGUAAUGAUGACGAACAUAAAAUCAGAGGCAAGAUUGGUGACAAUGUUCUGUAUUUGGCACACAGAUAUGGCAUAGAGUUGGAGGGUGCUUGUGAGGCAUCUUUGGCUUGCUCAACAUGCCACGUGUAUGUCGAGGGCGAUUUCUAUAGAAAACUAUCAGAACCGUUAGAAGAAGAAGAUGACAUGCUUGAUUUGGCGGUUUUCCUGCAAGACAACUCGAGACUUGGUUGUCAGAUAGUAUUGACUAGAGAGAUGAAUGGUAUGGUAUUGAGGCUUCCUCGAGCUACGCGUAACUUUUACGUAGACGGUCAUGUACCAAAGUCCCACUAGCGCAUUCAAACGAAUUGUAAUUCAAAUUAUGUCCGGUUAUGUUAUACACGGCCAUUGUGAACA